AUGGACAAGGAUGACUUCACCCUUAUCCGAACUCAACUCCCUGUAACCUUCCGCAUAUCUCAACUCGAAGGAAUUCGACAACCGCACAUUUACAGAGCUGCGCUUUCAAUCUUCCACCCUUUCAGACCUAUAUAUGUCACUUACCAGCUCAUAGCAGACAAUAAACUGCUGACUAUCCCUUUCCACACGUCAUUCAAGGCCUUCAAGAACAGUUACACUUGGAAUGCAUUUGGAAAUGCCGCUUUUACCUUAGACGCUUCGGAGGUCAAACAAGCUGUUGAAGAGUUGUUACCACAGUGGACCGAAACUGACACCGACGAUGCUUUGGAACUUCUGGGACCCAGCACUGUCGACUCUCGUGUUAGGGCAUUUGCAGUAUGGCAACUGAGUCGAGCGGAUGAUGAGGUAUGUCAUCAUGUUCUCUACAGACAGACAACAGCUGAUCAACCGCGAACAGGAGAUGCGUUUAUAUCAACUGACCAACGAUCUUUACGGUCCAAAACAACAAGCGCCAUCUCUUACGAGGAUAGUGGCCUUACCGACUUCUUAAUAUCUCGAGGUGUCGCGAAUCCUGUUCUGGGCAACCGGUUAUACUGGUACCUCAUGGUUGAAGUCGCAUUGGAAGACCGUGUCAUGGGCGAAAAGUAUGGAAGAGUCGUCUUCCGUUUUAUGGGCAAAAUUUUAGAAAGCGAGGGCGGUUCCGACAGGCGGGAGCUGAUGCGGAGGCAGCGAUUGAUGGUGGAUUCGCUGGCCAAACGAGCGAAAGAGCUGCGAAUGUCCAAAGAUCCCCGGCCGAAGAAGAUCGACAAACUUCUUGCGAUCAUCACCGACACAAGGAAUAACUUGGCCUCAAUGCCCCCAUUACCACUUUGCAGUCGAGAUAACCGCAACAUGUUCCCACUUCUGUUGUACUUCCAGUACUCCGCUGGGUCGACCUACCCAGUUCUUCUCAAAGACGGAGACGACAUGCGGCAAGAUCAACUUGUAAUCCAACUUUUCACGCUCAUCGACGGGCCGAUGCGCAAGGAGAAGCUUGAUCUUAAGCUAACACCCUAUGAUGUUCUGGCGACGGGUCCUCUCCAAGGAAUGGUGCGUUUUGUUCCUGGCAAGACCAUCGCAGCCAUUGUCAGCGAGCACGGGAACUUGCUCGACUAUUUGCGAGCGCAUAAUCCGGAUACAGACAGUGUGGGGACUUCUGGAGUCAACCCAACUGUCAUCGAUACAUUCGUGUGGAGCUGUGCAGGCUAUUGUGUGGUGACCUACCUGCUCGGAGUUAGUGAUCGCCAUCUGGACAAUCUCUUCGUCAGUCCUGAUGGUGACUUCUUCUAUGUCGACUUCGACUACAUUCUUGGACGCGAUCCCAAACCAUUUCCUCUGCCUGUUAAAGUGUGCAAAGAAAUGGGCGGCGCGCAGUGGCCACACUACCAGCGCUUCAAGAGCUUCUGCUUCAUGGCGUUCACGAUGCUGGUCAAGCGCGCUGACCUGAUUCUUAACCUCGUCACGCUCAUGGUCGACGCCAACAUCCCCGACAUCAAGCACCGCGAUAGGCAUGGGCAGAUUCAUGGCAAGGCGGCCGCAAAAAAGAAGGUCUUGGUCGACAGCAACGAUGCGGAGGGUAGCGGCGACCCGUUUGAUGGUCCAGUCGCGGGACCAAUACUCCAAGUUGAGCCAUAUCGACCAUAUUCUUGUGCGACCCUGUCGUCACGAGAAAUUACAUAUGUCCCCGGUUUUUCCAAGCUUGUCAAUAAAAUUAUAGUGAACGCGGAUAACUAUGAGAUUUCUAGCCCGCCCGUGGACGCGCUCAAAGUCGAAAUUGAGACUGAAGCAGCUAAUGCGUGA